AUGUUCGCAAAGGCUAUUGUUGCUUGUGCUCUUUUGGUGGUGGCUCAUGGUGGACUCAUCGCGAGUCCUCACGGAGCUAUUUCAUCUCAAAGCAUAGUACUAGGACACCCAGCUCCUGCCAUCGCCACUCACGCUGUCGGCCCUGCUCUGGCCGCACCAGCUUAUGGAUUGGGACUAGGUCACGGUGCUAUCGUCUCUCACGGCCCCGUGCUGCACGCGCCGGUCGCCCACGCCGUUGCCCCUGUUGAGGUUUAUUCCCACCCCCGUUACCAGUUCAACUAUGGUGUCACUGACGGCCACACUGGCGACCAGAAGAGCCAAUGGGAAUCUCGUGAUGGGGACGUUGUAAAGGGCCAGUACUCUCUUGUCGAACCCGAUGGCACCAUCCGUACCGUCAACUACUCUGCCGAUGACCACAAUGGAUUCAACGCUGUAGUCAGCAGACAAGGCCACGCGGCGCAUCCCGCCGCCGCCGUUGCGCACGCGCCAAUUGCUGUAGCCGCACCUCUUGGCCACGGUCAUCUCAUCCACGGCUAAAAAGACUAUGACUAUUUAUUUCUAUAAUUAUUUAGACUAAGACAGAAUGCGACAAUGUAACUUGAAUGCUUCAUGGUAACGGUACAACGAAUGGUCUGCUUCGAGGCACAGCGUUUCAUAAUGUGUAUCCGACCUGGGACAACGGCCCAAGACUUCACAACCAGUACCUCUUAUUAGGGUGCUAGCUUUUGUAUUAUAAUUUCUUUUAGUUUGUAAGUCUUUUACCGUUUUCAAACUUAGUUAAGAGAAUACAUUUUAUGAAACGUUAGAAUAUGCCUGAGGGGUGCUUGGCGAAGGCUCCAGUUUUGCUUAUAUGUAAUAUAUCU